AUGAAUCAAGGCUUUGGAUCAGGAAACACACAACCAUCAACUCCACCAUAUAAUUCUUCAACAUCUGCAUCACUACCUAAUCGUACUAGUAAUACGGUACAAGGAGGAUUUUCCAAUAUGAUGCCUCAACCAGCUGCUCAAAACAUAUCGUAUGCGGUAGGACAACCAUCUCAAAUACCAUCAUAUCCAAGUGCUUCUCCAUUAACAUCAUCAUCUUCUCAUGGAAGCCCUUAUUUCGCAAAUACUCCGAUAGCAAAUACAAAUAAUUAUUCACCAUAUUCACUUCCUAAUUUUGGACAGCAACCAUCAACAUUUCAAGGAGGUAGUAGUUCUCAUCAAACUCCAUAUCCACAAGCAUCUUUUAGUAAUCAACCACCGCCACCACCACCGUCAACAAAUACUGCAAGUUACCAAAAUCCAUAUCCACCACCAACUCCUCACCAAUCAUCAACUCCUUAUCAACAAUGGAACGUGACUCCAUCUCAACAAGGUGGAUAUCCUCGAAACGAACCACAACAAACAUAUCAACAAUAUGGUGGUGGUUACAAUACAAGCUUUAAUAAUGAUCGUCUUCGAUCAAUAGCUACACAACAUGAAAUUAGUGAUGCAUCCCUACAACGUUUAAAUAUACUUCAGCAGUUUGAAAUUGUAGUACUUUGUGAUGAUUCCACGUCAAUGAAUACACCUGUCAACGGAACAACUGGUACUCGUUGGGAUGAGUUACGAGCUAUCGUGCAAAUCAUUAUCGAUAUUGGUACUAUAUUUGAUUCAAAUGGAGUUGACGUACAUUUUCUUAAUCGACCUCCUAUGCUCAAUGUUACUGAUCCUCGACAAGUUGUUGAAUCAUUUAAUAAACGUCCCAACGGAUAUACACCUCUUACUUCUGCUUUACGAGGAAUUUUUCAAUCAGCAGCAAGUAAACUUCGUGGUAACAAACGUCUAUUAGUUUUUGUAGCUACAGAUGGAGAACCAACUGAUAAUCAUGGUUAUGUCGAUAUACAAAGUUUAGAAAACCUAAUGCAACAUGAACGUCAAUCAAAUACUAUGUAUGUGACAUUUCUUGCUUGUACUGAUGAUCCAGCAAGUGUCCGUUAUUUAAAUCAGUGGGACCGUACAAUGAUAAAUGUUGAUGUUGUGGAUGAUUAUAAAUCAGAACGAGAAGAAGUACGUCGAACUAAAGGAUUCAAUUAUCCAUUUUCAUUUGGUGAUUAUGUAGUUAAAGCAUUAAUGGGUGCUGUUGAUCCAGGGAUGGACUCUCUUGAUGAAUAUGCAAAUAGUACUAGAAAUGGUUAG